AUGGUGGUGUUACUGAUUUUCAGCCGUGUUGUGGGCAAGGCUCAUGUUAUUCCAUCUGCUGCUGUGGAUAGCUACCCCAUACUUCAUAAGUAUCUUCAGCCAGGAGACUUCAUCCUCAGUGCCCUUGUAUCUCAGACCUCUUUUGUUACAAGUGCCAAAGACUUCAAGUGCCGCCCUCCUGGGAUAUUAUCUGAACAAUAUGUGUUCAUACGUCAGAAUUACCAGCACAUAAUGGCUUUGGCAUUUGCUGUCAAGGAGAUCAAUGAAAAUCCACAGAUCUUGCAAAAUCUCACCCUGGGGUUCCAUAUCUAUGACAGCUACCUGAAUCCAAGAUUGACGUAUCGUGCUGCUCUGCAACAUAUUUCCCCAAGGAAAAGGUUUGUCCCCAACUACAGGUGUGAUCUUCAGGACAACGUGCAAGCAGUUCUUGUGGACAUUAAUUCAGAUAAUUCACAAAUUGUCCAUAAUCUUUUGAGCAUCUACAAGAUUCCACAGAUCUUGUAUGGUCGUACUCCCAUGAUGAUGGAUAACACACUGCUCCCAUUCUUGUAUAAUAUGGUCCCAAAUGAAACCCAGCAGUACUUGGGAAUUCUCCAAUUGCUUCUGCAUUUCAACUGGACAUGGAUUGGAUUCUUCACUCUGAUUGGUGUGAAUUUAGAAUGGUUCAUGCAGAGGAUGUUCCCCAUCUUUUCCCAGCAUGGCAUCUGUUUUGCCUUCAUGCAUUCACAGUCCAGUAUUGAAGGCAAUGAUUACAUGGAAGGCUAUCUGAAAAGCUUUUCAAAACUGUAUGAAAAAAUGAUGGGGAGUGACUCCAACAUAAUUAUCUUCAAUGGACAAUCUCGUAGCUUUAUGGUUGCCAGUGGUUUGAUAGAAUUAACACACACUAAAUAUAUGGUACCAAAACCAAAAGGUAAAGUCUGGAUUGUAACAGCUCACAUGGAAUUAAAAACCUAUGACAACCCUAUAGGCUGUGAUGUGCAAACAUUCCACGGCAUGAUAUCAGUUGCAAUUCACUCCAGUGAACUUCAGGGAUUCCAAGAAUUUUUUAAGAGCAGAAAGCCGUCCAGUGCGGAGGGAGAUGUGUUUCUUAAGGACUUCUGGUCAUACACAUUUCAUUGUGCGUUACCAAAUUCGGUUCUGGGCAAUGUGCAUCAGGCUAAUUGCACAGGAGAUGAGACCCUGAAGGACCUUCCUGCAUUUGAAGUGAGCAUGACUGGCCACAGCUACAGCAUCUACAAUGCGGUCUAUGUUGUUGCUUACGCUUUGCAAGCUAUGCAUUCUUCAAAAGUUGGAGCAAAGAUGCAAGGAGAGAGAAAGAAGCUGCCAAAUCAGCAACCUUGGCAGCUCCAUCACUUUCUUCGACGCGUCUCAUUCAACAACAGUGCAGGAGACCGGAUUUCCUUUGACCACAAUGGAGAACUGAUAGCAGAUUUGGAUAUUAUCAGCUGGUUAACAUUUCCCAACCAGUCUUUUGUUCGAGUGAAAGUUGGCCGGAUUCCUCCCCAGGCACAUUCAGCACAAAAACCUUGGAUAGACGAAGAAUCCAUGGUUUGGCCCACCCGAUUUAACCAGGUACGACCCCUGUCUUUAUGCAGUGAGAAUUGCAAUCCUGGGUAUAGGAUGACAAAGCGAGAAGGAGAGCCGUUCUGCUGUUAUGAUUGCAUCCAAUGUCCGGAAGGGACCAUCUCUGUUCAUCAAGACAUGCCAGACUGUUCCAAAUGCUCAGUUGGUUAUUUUCCAAACAAGAAGCAGAACUACUGUAUUCCCAAGAUUGUAAGCUUCUUGACUUAUGAAGAACCUUUUGGAGCUGGCUUUCUUCUUGUUGCUCUGACUCUGUCUUUGAUCACAUUCUUGGUACUUGGAAUAUUUAUAAAGCACCAUAACACCCCCAUAGUGAAAGCCAACAACCAUAAUCUGACGUACACUCUUCUCAACUCGCUUCUGCUCUGCUUCCUCUGUGCCUUGCUAUUCAUUGGCAAACCUGGGAAGAUAAUGUGUCUUCUUCGCCAAACUGCCUUUGGCAUCAUUUUCUCCAUUGCACUUUCUUCCGUGUUAGCAAAAACAAUCACAGUAAUUGUGGCUUUCAUGGCCACCAAACCUGGAAGCCGGAUGAGGAAAUGGGUGGGGAAAAGGCUAUCUGUUUCCAUUGUUCUUUCCUGCUGUUGGAUUCAAGUAGGUAUUUGUAUCAUUUGGCUACUAAAUUUUCCCCCUUUCCCAGAUGUUGACAUGCAUUCAAUGACAGAAGAAGUUGUAUUGGAAUGUAAUGAUGCCUCUCCUACCAUGUUUUAUUGUGUCUUGGGCUAUAUGGGCCUCCUGGCUAGCGUGAGCUUCCUAGUGGCUUUCAUUGCAAGGAAGUUACCCAACAGUUUCAAUGAAGCCAAGUUCAUAACUUUCAGCAUGCUGAUCUUUUGCACCGUUUGGUUAUCCUUUGUUCCAGCCUACCUGAGUAUCAAAGGGAAAUUUGUGGUGGCUGUUGAGAUCUUCUCUAUCUUAGCCUCCAGUGCUGGCUUACUGGGCUGUAUCUUUUUUCCCAAAUGCUACAUUAUUCUAUUUAGAUCUGAGUUGAAUAACAGAGAACAGCUAAGAAGGAAAAAUCAGUGA